AUGUCUCAGGCCGAGUUUGACAAAGCUGCAGAAGAUGUUAAGCACCUCAAGACCAAACCAGCUGACGAUGAGAUGUUGUUCAUCUACAGCCGCUACAAGCAAGUCACAGUGGGUGACAUAAACACAGAACGACCUGGGAUAUUGGACUUCAAAGGCAAGGCCAAGUGGGAUGCCUGGAAUGAACUAAAAGGAACCUCCAAGGAAGACGCCAUGAAAGCUUAUAUUGACAAAGUAGAAGAGCUAAAGAAAAAAUAUGGAAUAUAA